AAGUGUCGUCGCUGCCGGAGCGCACGGCGAGCUUCCAUUUUACGCACCGAGGCGCCCGCAGCUCCGCACGCAGACCGGACCGACGACGGGUCGCUGCGCUGUGGAGGCAUUCUGCUACCGGCGAGGCUGCAGCGAUCUGAAGAGAGCGAAACGAGAGCUGCUCUUUCAUCUCGUCAGCUUUGAGGAGGAGGGCGGCGAGGGACCCGGGGUGUCCCCCCGUUUGUGUGCAACACCGUGUGUGUGUGUGUGUGUGUGUGUGUGUCUGUGUGUGGAACAAGCGAGAGGAGAAAGAGAGAGAGAGAGAGAGAGAGAGAGAGAGAGAGACAGAGAGAGAGAGAGAGAGAGAGAGACAGAGAGAGAGGGAGAGAGAUACGAGGGUAAAACAGAUCGGACGCGCGGCGCAAGAGACAGCCGCUUUUGGACACGUUUUGGAGCGAGAAGCUGCCCGACUGCAAAGGCUGCACAGGGAAAAAUGAUAUGAACAAAAACUUACAUUGCAUCAGCCACUGCCGUCCAUUCAUUUGAUCGCUCUGUUAAUACUAUUUCGGGGAGGUAUUUGGCGUCUCCCAACCUCCUGGACAAGUUCAGCCGCUGAAGGACGCACCUCGGGACUUUGACGCAGACGUCUCGCUGACUUCUCGCCGCUGGACAUGGGCGCAUCUCAGAGCAAACAGCCGUAGACGGAGGGCUCGGAGCUGCUGUCCUCCUUUCCUCCUGUCUCUCGCAGAGUGGACCCACUUUUGAAAGAGCGAGUUUUUUUUCUAUCUGGGCCUAAGGCCGACUUGUUUAAAGGUCCUUUUUUGGCUUCCGGCAACAGCGAAGAGACCAAGUCUUCCUCCCUCAGCCCUCACUCCCUCUCUCACUUUUUUGGAAGCCGAACUUUUAAAGGAAAAUGGGGCAUUGAGAGGGUUGGCACAUCUCCCCACGCUAUAAUGGCUACUGACACCUACCUGGUAAACGACGAUCCUUCUAGAGGCCCAGGGAUGCCUGAAUGUUUCCUCGUGUCUGAUACAUAUAGGGAUGAAUUCCACCCCUUCAUUGAGGCCCUGCUGCCCCAUGUCCGCGCCUUUGCCUACACCUGGUUCAACCUGCAGGCCCGCAAGCGCAAGUACUUCAAGAAGCACGAGAAGCGUAUGUCCAAGGAGGAAGAGCGCGCAGUGAAGGAUGAGCUGCUUGGAGAGAAGCCAGAGAUCAAGCAGAAGUGGGCCUCGCGCCUGCUGGCCAAGCUCCGCAAGGACAUCCGGCCUGAGUUCCGUGAGGACUUUGUGCUCACCAUCACGGGGAAAAAGCCCCCCUGCUGCGUGCUGUCCAACCCCGACCAGAAGGGCAAGAUCCGUCGCAUCGACUGCCUCCGCCAGGCCGACAAGGUGUGGCGACUGGACCUGGUGAUGGUCAUCCUGUUCAAGGGCAGCCCCCUAGAGAGCACGGACGGGGAACGGCUGGUCAAGUCACCACAGUGCACCAACCCUGGCUUGUGUGUCCAGCCGCACCACAUCGGAGUGUCCGUCAAGGAGCUCGAUCUAUACCUGGCCUACUUCGUCCACUCGCCAGAAUCCGGACAAUCAGACAGCUCCAGCCAACAGGGGGACACAGACAUUAAACCACCGCCCAAUGGGCACCUGAGUUUCCAGGACUGCUUCGUCACCUCAGGGGUGUGGAACGUGGCAGAGCUGGUCAGAGUGUCACAGACUCCUGUUGCCACAGCGUCAGGUCCUAACUUCUCACUGGCUGACCUGGACAGCAGUCCCAGCUACUACAACAUCAACCAGGUGGCUCUGGGGCGACGUUCCCUCACCUCCCCGCCCUCCACCAGGUCUGAGGUGGAGUUGUACGCAAAUCUUCCACGGAGCUCCAACAAGAGGAAGUCAUUAGAUGACAGUGAGCUGGAGAGUCCUACAGAUGAUGUUUUCUACCCUGGACGCUCGCCUGCUGCCAGCUCCUCCCAGUCCAGCGCGUGGCCCAAUGACAUGGAUGCAGGACUGUCCUCGCCUGGUUCACUUAAGAAGCCGGGGAAGUUUGAUUUCAACGCCCUGACUUCCCAGACGAGGUCCCCCCGCAUGGCGUUCACACACCACCCGCUGCCUGUGCUGGCAGGAGUGAGACCAGGGAGUCCCCGUGCCUCAGCCUCAGCCCUGCACUUCCCCUCCUCCUCAAUCAUUCAGCAGUCCAGCCCAUACUUCACCCACCCCACCAUACGCUACCAUCACCACCAGGACCCGCUUAAGGAGUUUGUACAGUUUGUGUGCACCGACGGCUCAGGACAGCCCAGCGCACAGCCUAAUGGAGGUGGCCAGAGCAAAAUGUCGGGCUCCUUCCUGCUGCCCCCGCCACCCCCGGUGGCACGCCCUGUGCCCCUCCCCAUGCCCGACUCUAAAACCAUCAGCACGCCCACUGACGGCGGACUCAGCUCACCCGCAUCUCCGUCAUACUCCACGCCAGGCUCCACAGCUCCCAACCGGUUUGUCGGCAUCGGAACACGGGACAACUUUCUGAAUAUCCCCCAGCAGACUCAGUCCUGGUUCCUCUGACAAGGCCUCUCUGAAUCAACAGCUAAAAUUGUGUCAUGAAAAUUGGAAAUUUGAAAAACAAAUACAUCACUGCUGAUCAAGAACAGACUGCUGACACUGAAAAGGUCUUUCUCUCUCGCCAACACUAUUCAAAGUACUACUACAGAACCCCGAAAAGCCCAACGCUGCCCCAAUCCAACACAAUUUGGACAGGAACCGUCGUCCCCCUUUAUCCAGGAGGCUUCGAUGAGAUUGAGUGGACAGACUCAGAAUGCGAGGAAGAGGAGGAUGAGGAACUGUCUCACACACACCAUGAAAUGUCUGAAAGAAAAUGCAAUAUGGUAACCUGACAAAUGACCAAUCAUACAUUUUUGUUUCUUUUUCUUAUGUUUUUUUCAUUUUGUUGUCUCCACAAUGAAACUCCAUGCAUUGGCUGGGAGAUCCAAAAAGAACAAGUAGUGGUAAAUGAUGAAGUCAGAUGGGAAGAAAGUUAAAAAGAUUUCCAACCAAAUUGCACGCCUCCAUAUCCAUGUGUCUCUCCACCUGCCUCUCCCCGAGGCCCAUGGUCCCACCCGACUCACACCCCUCCCCACCUCACCCAGAGCUCAGUGCUACUCGGGGUCCAGACCGAGAUCACAGCCCCGUGCCCGUGUGGUCGCCACACUCUGCCGCUUCAUUCGCUCAGCCCUGAGCCUCUUUCAUUUCUGAUUGGCCAAUCAUGGUGACACCAUCCUAUGGUGUGACAUAUAUGCACUAAGUGGCUGGUCUUUGUUUACCUGUCAAAGUAACAGGGCGUCCUGCUGCGGGAGAAGUGAUAGCCAUGAGGCGAGUGCGAGCGAGUGAACACACGACAGACAGUCAUAACACUAACUCUACAUGUGCUCUUUCGUCCCCCUCACCUAUGCACUAUUAAUUUUUGAUAAGGGAUGAACAGUAUUGCACAUCGAUGGUCAGAUGAGCGAUUAGAGAGGUGAAUGGAGGCUGGCGGCCACCACAGGAAUGUGGCUGUGCUGACAUUUAGGUCUCGGCCCUGAAACAGCAGCACGCACAAACAUGCAUACACACACACGCGCUUGCAUACAAUACACACACAGACCAUCCUCUCGAGAAUAGUCUGUAACACAACCACUCACAAUAUCAUCUUGUUAUUAUGCAUAGACAUGGAAGUUAAUUUACAGGAAUGCACAUGCAGCAGUAACUUCAUAUUAUUAGCUUUCACUUUGUUUGUAGGUGUGUUUUGUUUUUUCUGCCGGAUUUGGUUUUGGUUUUGUCUCACUUGGGUUGUUUUAACCUUCUCUUGCAUGUCAUAGCCUUUUUCUUUAGUUUGCAGUAAAACACGCUUGAAUUUCAGCUUAACAGAUUUUCAACAAAACAGUUUUCAGCAGUUUCUCAAAUCUCUCAUGUAUGGACAGCACGAUAGCAACAGCUCAUCACAUGCAUCCCUUGCAUUGCUUCGCCCUGUAGCCCCUAGUCCCGUCACAGGAAAACCCAGAGGAAAACACACACACACACACACAGACGCGCGCACGCACCCACAUGAUGAUGUACACUAACACCACCGACAACCCGACAUAAACUAAUAAAGGGAAGCCUUUAUAUUUGGUUCUCCAAACUGCCUUUGUUAAUGGUUUUUCAUUCACUUAAGAUUUGUAUUUUUAAUUUGAGAUAUUUUUUCUAUGUAAAUGUUCACAUUGAAAUUGCCAUUGGUAUUAUUUUCACCAUGACACAAUCCAACAAAAGCCGACCUCACAAAAUAACUGGACUGCCUAGCUGUUGGUUCUGUUUUGCAGGGAUGGUAAACAGGGCUGAGACCCCGCGCUCAGCCUCUUUAGUAACAUUAGCUCUAUGUACUAAAACCAUAUAUCAAGACUAUAACAUUAUAUGAAAGUGCCUCUGUAUUCCCUUCAUGCAAUUAGUAAUAAACUUGACUUCAGGUUCUCUUCCCACAUAUAAGCUAAAGCUACGGGGAAUGGUAGCGUUGGUGCAUGUGGAAACCAUUGGCCUAGGACAGAUCUUUAUAGAGGACUGCAAACCUUUUUUUUUUUGUAAAGACAGAGAGAGAUCUUAUACAUAUAUAUUUAUGAUAUAUGCUCCUUUUAACUUUUACUACAUGAGCUUGUUGGCAGUCUAGUUAUUUUCUGAACUUUCACCCCCCCACACACAACCCGUUUCAGUAACAUCACCCUACUGUUACCCGUACGAUUCAAACGUCACACGCCACCGCCAUCUGCAGCGCAGCAUUAUAAUACCUAGAUGAACAUGUCAAAAAUCGACAGUAGGUUUGAAGAAAAAAAAAAAGUGUUUGUUUUUUGAUGGAAAGUAUUAUUAUUGAAACAUAUGUGUCGAUUGAGCCACGUGCAAUGCAUUGGGUAGAUCAUUGUGUUUGUCUGUUAGAGAUUUUUAAGAAAGCUAAGAGAAAAGAGAAAAAAAAAUGUAUUUGUUUCAAGUCCGUAAGCUCCGGGACUCUAAACUAGAGGGCCAUGAAAAUCCUAGUCUUUGUAUGUUGGGGGUAUUUGUUUUUAUUUCCUUUUGUCUCUUUUUUUAAAAAAUGUUUUAUGUGUAAUCAUUUGUUUAUAAAAAUGUGGGAGGGCUGAAGGAAAAAAAAACUACAUAACUUCAGGAAAAAAAUUCUCUAUCAUGAAAUGAAAACUGGUGCUUUAACACUAUAAAGUACAUUCAGAAUUAUUAUAAAUGAAUGGUAAUGAACAAAAAUAACAGACCAUUUUGGAAACAGCAUUAUUCCUCUCUCUAUUUGUAUUCUUCUAUUUGUAUUGAGUGGGGGGAGAGGUUCCUGUUCCUUAAGGUUGUGACACAAAAGGCAUUUUGGUUCAACCUUUAGAGAAAAUAAAAACCUAUACUGUCAAGCCCUAGGAACUCUUCAAAAAAACACGUACCAAUGCACUGCCUGAAACUCACCAGCAAAAACAAAACAAACCCCUAGUUGAAUUCUUUCUUUUUUUUUAAUCACACAAGCUCCUCCCGGUGCUGUGGGAGAUGCUUCAUCCCCAGAAAUCUUUUUAUUCCCAUGAUCAUCUUAAUACGUUCCUAGAGCUGGAUAGAGCUCAGAUAGAGCUCAGCAAGUUGUGGUGAGACACCUGAGUGGAAGUGAAAAGAGUUAUAAGACCUUCUGUCUCCUGUACACAAAACAGAAACACUAGACAAUUGGCACACAAAAAAAGUAGUUUGAAAUCAGGCAAAAGAAAAAUGAGGUCUGAAUCCUUUAUGAAACAGACAGCAAGGUGAGCCUCUCCCCUGUUCCACCCCCUCCUCUGUAAAUUACUCUUAUAGUGCUCGUGCUGUAGUGUAUAGUUUCCCAGCAGUUAAAGGUUGUCCCUUAAAAGUGCCUUUUGUUCACAGACUCCAUUUUGUAAUCCAGAUCGCCCCUUUUUUUUCUUUCUUUUUUUCUUUUUAAAUGGCUCGAGGUAGCAGGAUGCCCCUGAGUGCUGCGAGGAGGGAAAAGGUCGUUACCCAUUCAGCGCUCAGGGGCAACUUUUUUCCUCCGGCUGGAAAUGAAUCCCCUCCAUUGUACCUCCCCUAUAUCCCCUCUUCCUUUUCAAAAGCCUACAUAUAUAUACAUAUAUAUAUACACAUAUAUAUAUAUAUAUUUAUAUAUAUGUGUGUGUGUGUGUGUUUAUAUAUGUAGUACAAAAGGAAACUGGUGUGAAUUAGUUCUUUACUUUUUAUUGAUAAAUGAUGAAAAAAAAUUUGAAAAGGCAAAAAAACUUGUUCUCGUUCAGCUCCUGCUUUUUUCCUCCCCUCUGUCUCCACUGUCUGUUUUCUCUUAGACACUGGAGUAGUCUGUAACUAUGUGUCCGUCUCUCUCUCUCUCUCUCUCUCUCUCUCUCUCUCUCUCUCUCUCUCUCUCUCUCUCUCUCUCUCUCUCUCUCUCUCUCUCUCUCUCUCUCUCUCUCUCUCUCUCUCUCCUGCCCUCUCUGCUGUCAAGAGGGCGAAAAAAAAUAUUGCCGAAAAAACUUUUGUCUGAGCAGAAUGCAGUUAGCUCACAUGUUAUUCUUGUCUGUAUGCUUCACAUUGUAUUACCAUACCCAUCUUCUUCAGCUUCUCCAUUCAACAGCUAAUGUAAGUGAACAAAUUAUGCUGACGGGCUUUUGGGGGUGUCUUUAGGUGGGUUAGGAAGGGAUGACGGGUUGGGAUUGAAGAGGUUUACAGAGAAGACGAAUGGGGUCAAGAGGGCUGGAUGGACUGCUUUGGGAUGUUGGAAAAGGGCUGCUUGGACUAGGAUAAGAGUUUGCUCUUUUGUUUUAGAUAUUUAUUUUUGACUUUGUUUUAUUCCCCCCAUUUUGUUUCUUUUUAAUUUGGAUUUCUUUUAAUAUUUGCUAUCAGGGUAUGCUGUCGUUUAGGCCCUCUUAGAGGACGCCUUGGACUGUAAAUGAAAGCUACAAGCACCUUAUAACCGGACUUGUCCUGCAUGAGGCUGAAAGAGGGGGCGUUGCAUUUCCAGGACUUAUCCCACAUCCAUUCAAACCGAUCAUUUGAAGUGAAUAACUAUCGUUCACGUCGGGAUUCACAAAGUGAAACUCGCAGCAGUAUUAGCCAUUUACAACACACCAACCAGAUAGCUAAAAAGCCAGCAUGAACCCAAUCUCUCAGUCCCUCCAUUUUUCUCCUCUGACCACCUCAUGCUGGACUGCUCCGUGUCUUUGUUCUGUUGUUUAUUUUGUUCUUUAUCUUCUUCAGCGCGUAUGGUUAUCGGUAUAAUAGGCAGCACCUUAGGCCCCCUGACUCCCAGCACCUCUACGCCUCUGUCUUCGCCCUCAGUGCAGCACCACUUCUUUGUGAGAACACCCCCAGAGCUCUAGGUGAAAUGCAUGUGUUAAUUACAGUUUCUUUUCCAUAAGAAGAAAAACACAGUUUGAGAAGAGCAGCACCUGAUUGAAUAAAAAGGAUGUUCUUGACUGUA